AUGCCAGAACAAGGCCCCAGAAUGAACGGUUUCUCUCUGGGCGAGCUGUGCUGGCUAUUCUGCUGCCCGCCGUGCCCCAGCCGCAUCGCUGCCAAGCUGGCCUUCCUGCCCCCGGAGCCCACCUACACCGUGCUGCAGCCCGAGCAGCAGCAGCAGGAGGCUGGGGCGGCAGCCGGGGCAGGGACCCCGACGGGCUCCGGCACCUGCAGCCUGCACUUGAGCGAGCGGGCGGACUGGCAGUACUCGCAGCGGGAGCUGGACGCUGUGGAGGUGUUCUUCUCCCGCACGGCCCGGGAUAACCGGCUGGGCUGCAUGUUCGUGCGCUGUGCCCCCACCGGCCGGUACACGUUGCUCUUCUCGCACGGCAAUGCUGUAGACCUGGGCCAGAUGUGCAGCUUCUAUAUCGGCCUUGGCUCCCGUAUCAACUGCAACGUCUUCUCUUAUGACUACUCUGGCUACGGGGUGAGCACCGGCAAGCCCUCUGAGAAAAACCUGUACGCAGACAUUGAUGCAGCCUGGCAGGCCCUCAGGACAAGGUAUGGUGUGAGUCCUGAGAACAUCAUUCUGUAUGGUCAGAGUAUUGGUACUGUCCCCACAGUGGACCUGGCGUCUCGGUACGAGUGUGCAGCAGUCAUCCUCCACUCUCCCUUGAUGUCUGGCCUGCGGGUAGCUUUUCCUGACACCAGGAAAACCUACUGCUUUGAUGCUUUCCCAAGCAUUGACAAGAUCUCUAAAGUCACCUCUCCUGUGUUGGUGAUCCACGGGACCGAAGAUGAGGUCAUCGAUUUCUCCCACGGCCUGGCCAUGUACGAGCGAUGUCCACGGGCGGUGGAACCCCUCUGGGUGGAAGGGGCUGGGCAUAAUGACAUAGAGCUUUAUGCACAAUACCUAGAGAGACUAAAACAGUUCAUAUCCCAUGAACUUCCCAACUCCUGA